UGAACAGGAAGUGACGUGAUAAGUAAAUAGAGGCGACUAGCUAUUACCGUCGCCAGACAUUGAUGCGGAGAAAGCGGUGAAAAAGGAACCAUUUGCGGGUUUAUGCGCGUUGCGGUGGAUUGCGUGUGAAAGAGUUUCAGAGUCGAACGAAGGAACCAAACCAACAUGUCUUCAAUGUUUUCGGACCUGGACUAUGAAUUGGAAGAGGACAAGCUGGGGAUUCCCACUGUGCCCGGCAUUGUGUCCCUGAAGAAAGAUGCCAACAAUCUGAUUGGAAUCAGCAUCGGCGGCGGCGCUCAGUACUGCCCAUGUCUCUACAUCGUCCAGGUCUUUGACAACACGCCGGCGGCUCUUGACGGGACGCUCGCGGCAGGGGACGAAAUCACAGGCGUUGCUGGCAAACCAGUGAAGGGAAAAACCAAAGUGGAAGUAGCAAAGAUGAUUCAGGCCGUUCAGGGUGAAGCCACAAUCCACUACAACAAACUGCAGGCCGACCCCAAACAGGGAAAGUCUCUGGACAUAGUGCUGAAAAAAGUCAAACACCGGCUGGUGGAGAACAUGAGCUCCGGCACGGCUGACGCGCUGGGCCUCAGCCGGGCCAUUCUGUGCAACGACGGACUGGUGAAGCGGCUGGAGGAGCUGGAGAAAACGGCCGAGCUGUACAGAGGGCUGAUGGAGCACACCAAGAGGCUGCUGCGUGCCUUCUUCGAGCUCUCUCAGACUCACAGAGGGUUUGGGGACGUUUUCUCAGUCAUCGGCGUUCGGGAGCCUCAGGCUGCAGCGAGCGAGGCCUUUGUGAAGUUUGCAGAUGCUCAUCGCAGCAUCGAGAAGUUCGGCAUCCAGCUGCUGAAGACCAUCAAGCCUAUGCUUCAUGACCUGAACACCUACCUUCACAAGGCCAUCCCCGACACCAAGCUCACCAUCCGCAAGUACCUGGACGUCAAGUUUGAAUAUCUGUCCUAUUGUCUGAAGGUGAAGGAGAUGGACGACGAGGAGUACAGCAGCAUCGCCAUGGGAGAACCUCUGUACCGAGUGGUGACGGGGAACUACGAGUACCGGCUGGUGCUGCGCUGCAGGCAGGAGGCGCGGGCCCGAUUCGCCAAGAUGAGGAAGGACGUGCUGGAGAAGAUCGAGCUGUUGGACCAAAAGCACGUCCAGGACAUUGUGUUCCAGCUGCAACGCUUUGUGUCCGGCAUGUCGCACUACUACGACGAGUGCUACGCCGUCCUGAAGGAGGCCGACGUGUUCCCCAUCGAGGUGGACCUGUCGCGCACCAUGAUCAGCUACAGCAGCCCGUCGCUCACCUACGCUGAAGACGAGGAAGAGGAGGAGGAGGCGGGGGGCAGGAGCGGCGCCGACCUGCGGGUGGAGAACGGAGGGGAGAAACUCAUCGAUGACCAAUGAGUUUGUUUACACUGGAAUCGAGAUGGAGCAGGAGCCGUGCCUUCUCCACUACCAUCCUAGCACUCUGGUUCAGGCUGACCUCGCCUGUGCGCAGCUCACGCCAUCUGGUGGUCAAACUGGAGCAUCACACUCGGGGGUGAGCGUCGGCACCAGAACCAGAUCAUUGCAUUUAAAACACUAGAAAUUGAAGAGAACCACUGAGUUGCUCUUGGAUCACUGCACUUCUCCUUGAUUUCUGCUCCACCUGGAUGGGCCUGCUGCCACCCCGCCCCCUACCCCCACAUCCACCCACACCCCCAGCCCUGAGCUGAGACUCGUCAAUGCUUCACAUGUUUCUUCUGCCUGAUCCAGAGAUGCACAGUGACUUUCCAAAUGACCUGCUGAACUCUCCCAUUACCAAGGCAUUGAGGGAGGAGUUCAGACUCUGAAGGUCAUGUGACACUAAGUCGGAACAGCAAGACUGUGCGCUGAGUUUAUUUUGUAUUUAUUUUCUGCCAUUCCAUCUACUGUCUAAAUGCAAUGUACCAUUGUGUGUGUGCUUUCAAUGGUCUAUCAAGUAAACAGACUUGUGUG